CUGUCAUUAAAGCAGCAGAGGAAGAACCAGGUCUGCCCCGGGAAGGGUGGGCUUAGGGCUAGGGGUGCAAAUCCCUCGGUAAAAGCCGGCAAACAAAAGUCGCACAUCCCAGCUCCGGGUCCCGGCCCCGGUGGGGCAGGGUUCCCGAAGUCCCGGGGCGCGCAGACGCCGGGGCCCCCGGGAGCGGAGGGAACCGCGGCCCCCGACCUCCCUGCCCUCGGCCUCCCGGGCCCUCGCCCUCCGACCCGCCGCCGAGUCGGGGGCUGGGGUCGCCUCUUCCGCCCGCGGCCCGCGGCCCCUCCCCGGCGCGCGCCAUCCGGCCGCCGGCCCCUCCUCCCGCUGGGGGCUCAGUCCCGCGCCCCGUCCCUCCCGGUUGCAGCCGGCAGCCCACGUCCAGGGAGAGGGAGGGCGGAGGGAGGAGAAGAGGCGCGGAGAGGAGGGGGGAGGGAGGAAGGCGAGAGAAAGGGAGCUGCUUCCAUCCCGGACUUUCCAGAGCCUGCCUGGAGCGCGCACUCAGCGGCUCUCGGGUCCCAGCGUCCCAGCGCGGCCCGCGCCCCUCAGCCGGACUCCUCCUCCUCCUCCUCUUCCUCCUUCUCCUCUCUGGGUACCCCCGUCCCCUCCUUCCAGCAGCUGCAGCCCCCUGUCCCAACUCGGCCUCAUCCCCAACUCUCCGCACUCACUCCUGGGACGCGCGUCCGCGCCCCAUCCUUCGCUUCCUUCCUUCCUUCUUCCUUCCUCCCCAGGCGCCCGCCCUCCCUCUCCAGGUCGCCCUCCCGGGGCCCAAUUGUCUCGGUGCCCCGCUCCCGGCCCGCUCCCUGCCCCGUCUCUCCCUCGCAUUUCCUGAGUCGCCCGCCGCCGCCGCCGCAGUCUCGCCGCGGGAUCCCCAGCCCAAGCCCGACAGCCACUGCCCCGGCUUCAGCCCCGCAGUCCGCGGCGCCCGCCCGAGGGAGCCCCGGCGCCCGGGGAAGGCAACAGUGGGCGAGCGCGCCCUCGCCCAGCCCGGCGCCCCAGCCCUGCCCGGCCCGGCGAGGAAGGACCGGGAAGAUGAACAACGGCGGCAAAGCCGAGAAGGAGAACACCCCGAGCGAGGCCAACCUUCAGGAGGAGGAGGUCCGGACCCUAUUUGUCAGUGGUCUUCCUCUGGAUAUCAAACCUCGGGAGCUCUAUCUGCUUUUCAGACCAUUUAAGGGCUAUGAGGGUUCUCUUAUAAAGCUCACAUCUAAACAGCCCGUAGGUUUUGUCAGUUUUGACAGUCGCUCAGAAGCAGAAGCUGCAAAGAAUGCUUUGAAUGGCAUCCGCUUUGAUCCUGAAAUCCCGCAAACACUGCGACUAGAGUUUGCUAAGGCAAACACGAAGAUGGCCAAGAGUAAACUCGUAGGGACUCCAAACCCCAGUACUCCUCUGCCCAACACUGUACCUCAGUUCAUUGCCAGAGAGCCAUAUGAGCUCACAGUGCCUGCACUUUACCCCAGUAGCCCUGAAGUGUGGGCCCCGUACCCUCUGUACCCAGCGGAGUUAGCGCCUGCUCUACCUCCUCCUGCUUUCACCUAUCCCGCUUCACUGCAUGCCCAGGUAAUUUAUACCCAUCGGCCACGACUUCACUCACUCCACCACCAGUCCUUUCAAACCUGGUUCCCCAGAGCACACCAUACAACUAACACCUAUCCAGCUAACAGAUCCACCUUCAAGAGAUUAAUGAUUCCCUCUAAAUCAAGCUGACACUCCUUCAGGACUUAUGAGGAUCGUCUGACAGCAAUGAUAUCACCCACUGCCUGAUGUUUGCCCCAAGUGACACCUCUCUUCCUUAAUGAUCUCACCUCAUAUUGCACAUGAGGGACUGGGGCAAGUUUAUCCACCUGGCUCCCAGCUAGCUAGAGGGCAUCACCAGAGUGUAUAUGUGUGUACCUUGUGUGGAAGGGCUACAGAGGAAGGUGUGUGCUAGGAGCAGGAGUUAUGUGCGUCUGUGCGUGUUUCUGUGUGUUGAGAGGUUUCCACUCUGGUGUACUGUAAGAAGAAUCUAUGACCAAAGGGAAAGCUUCUGGGGCAAGAUUGUACUUUCUUAAAUAUGUUACAGGAAAGAUUAAGGGUUCCUUCUCUCCAUUUUGAGGAAACCCUGUAGAAAAGGCGGCAUAAUGCAGUGUCUAAGAUGGAAUUAUAGGUCAAGGUAGAGCUCUCUUUUCUGACUAGCUUUCUUUCUUAGUUAAAAAUAGCGUGAUUUUUAUAAACAAACUUCCUGUUUCUCCACAAAGACUACUGUCUAUGUACUAACACUUUCUCUCCCCUUGGAGAAAAUAUUUCUCUUAGCUUCGCUUUGAGUGCAAGUAGUAGUAAUCAACGUAAAGAUUCACCUUUGGAGAUAAUCACUCGUUCUUUGGUCUGCAAAGAUUGAUGACCAGUAACAAAUAAAUAGAAAGUACCUAUGUAGGUUUCAUUUGUCUUUCUGCAUGUGUAAUUCGGCCCUUAAAUUUUAAAUUUUUAAAGAUGAUUAGGCUGGACAGGUGGAGUUUUUGUUUGUUUUGCUCAGUGUUUGUUUACAAGGCUGGAUGAAAUAAACAGCUUCCCAGAAAACUUCCUUCUGACUUAAAACUCUUUUAUGUUGUACAGAACUCACUGUCGAUAAAGACCACCUAGAAGCAGCCCCCAGCAAGGGUUCUUGAAAGCCAUGGGGUCAAGAUUGUUGUUGGCUGAACAUCUUUUAAUUCUUUUCGCUGAGUUACCAACGUGUUGGGUGUGCAUUGACGACCCGGCUUCCUGGGGCUGCCCUUGGCGCCUGGGCCCCAGUAAUGAUUGCCCUUUGUGUCGGGAGAAGGGAGAAAGUACUACAAAUAGUGAAGAAAAAAGUGUAGGUGGUGGUGGUAAGAGUACAUGGUACCAAACAUAAAGGAGCAGGAUUACCUGUGCCUUUGGUCUCUCCUUCCCCUGCUGCUUUUUCUUCCUUUUUCCGUGUCAGUGCUUGGGAACCCUUACAACUGGCAGGUAAUGGGGAGAGGGGAUAACAUGUAAACCUGUAGGAGUCUUCUGCUGAGUCAUUAGGAUCUUUGUUAGCGGGCUGUGGAUAAAUACGUGGAUGACAUGGGGCAACUAGAGCCCCUUUUACUUGCCACCUCCCACCCCUGCCCUGGACGGUGUCUCUCCUCUUGCUAGACUGCUAGGUACAGAUCAUGUGGCAAUCAAGGCAAAUGUUAGUAAGUAUCAUGAAACAAUG